CUCCCUAUGAUAUAGGGUUCGCGGGUUCCUUUGGUCUUAGUAUAUAAUUCAUCAUAGGUUGGGUGUCUAGUAGUUUUACGGACUUUCUUUUGGACCCUUGAGCUCUUCGGGCUUCCUGCAUUGAGCAGCGGACCGAGCCCUGGUAUCUGCUUCAACCCGUCUCUUCUGUUUAUGGUCAUUUCGUCUUGCCCUGCCUAAUUACUUGGAACCCUAACACGCUUGCCCCACUAAGUCAAUUGAGCGACUGAGUCUCAUUCUAUCUCUUGAAUUCUAUAGCUUACACUUUACGACCAUGCCUACAACUCUCACAGAAUUUGAGGGCGUUUGGCCUCGUCUGUGCCAGGAUAUUGUCGGCUCUACCAAGCAGUAUGGCCUUCCUAAGCAGGCAGUGGACUGGUUCGAGAAGCAACUCAACUACAACACCGUAGGCGGCAAAUGCAAUCGUGGCAUGUCCGUUGUUGAUACCUCCUCCCUUCUACUCGGCAAAACCCUCAACGAGGAAGAAUACUUUAGGUCUGCAGCUUUGGGAUGGAUGAUAGAGCUUCUUCAGGCUUUCUUCCUCGUAUCUGACGAUAUAAUGGACGCAUCUAAGACUCGCCGUGGUCAGCCUUGCUGGUAUCUAUGCCCGGGCGUAGGGAUGAUUGCCAUCAAUGAUGCAUUCAUGCUCGAGGCUUCCAUCUAUGUUCUCCUCAAAAAACACUUCAAACAAGAGCAAUCGUAUGUUGACCUCAUGGAGCUAUUCCACGAAGUCACCUUCCAGACAGAGCUCGGACAGCAGUGUGAUCUCCUUACUGCCCCGGAAGACGACGUCAAUCUUAACAACUUCAGCCUGGAGAAGUUCUCCUUCAUUGUCAUCUUUAAGACAGCUUACUACAGCUUCUAUCUUCCUGUGGCGCUCUCUCUAUAUUUCUGCGGGUUCGCCACAGUAAAGAACCUGAAACAAGCACAUGACAUCCUCAUCCCGAUGGGCGAAUACUUCCAAGCCCAGGACGAUUAUCUGGAUGCCUUUGCCGACCCUGAAGUCCUUGGCAAGAUCGGCACGGAUAUUCAGGACAACAAGUGUUCUUGGCUGGUGAAUCAAGCCCUGAAGCUUGCGUCCCCGGAGCAGAGAAAACUUCUUGAGGAUCACUAUGGUCGCAAAGACGAUGCCGCAGAAGCCAAAGUCAAGGCAUUAUACGCAGAAUUGAAGCUUGAGCAGGUAUAUCACGAGUUCGAAGAAGACCGCGUUACUGAGCUGCGUAAGAAGAUCGACAGCCUGGACGAGUCAGAAGGCUUGAAGAAGGGGGUGUUCGAAGAGUUUUUGCGAAAAAUUUACAAGCGCAGCAAGUAAGAUGCAUCGUCAUCUCUGUGUCACGAAGAGUCGUCUGUCCCAUCAUAUACGUACCAGCAGUAUAUAGCGAGGCACGCUCACGGCGGAUGCAUUCACCGACUCAGGUCUUCUUUGUCAAUCGGGAAUGCUGAUAAACUUGCUCGAUUGUGAAGAACAUCCAGGCUACAAAAAUAGAUAUUUAGCAUUAGUAUGAGGCUGAUUCCAUUCAAUUAUAUCUGCAUCCGUCAUAGUAGUCAAUGAGGAUCUAGCAAAUACCCAUAUCCUAAGUCUGAGC